AAGUUAUGGAUCCCAGCCUCCUGCAUGUGGCACUAAAUGAUGGUCACUUCAUCCCUGCUCUGGGGUUUGGAACAGCUGUGCCUGACAAGACUUCAUUAGCAAUAGACCUACCAAAAAGAGAAAUUGGAAAUGACUGCUAAGCACAUGUUGUUAUGAAAGCAGUGGUGAAAUGGUGCAUGUACCACUCAACAAAACAAGAUGCUUUCUCUGAGUUCUCGUAUUUGCAAAUCCUGUUUGAGGUUCCUAAGAGUGAACUUAUCAAGGCCACCAAAAUAGCUAUAGAUGCUGGGUUUCGCCAUUUUGAUUGUGCUUAUUGCUACCAAGUAGAAGAGGAAGUAGGGAUGGUCAUCAGAAGCAAGAUUGCAGAUGGCAUUGUGAAGAGAGAAGACAUAUUCUAUACUACAAAGCUAUGGUCCACUUUCCAUCGACCUGAAUUGGUCCAAUCAGCUCUGAAACAUUCACUGAAGAAACUUCAAUUUGACUAUGUUGAUCUCUUUUUGAUCCAUUUUCCAAUGCCUUUGCAGCCUGGAGAUGAACUACUUCCAAGAGAUAAACAUGGAAAAUUGUUGUUUGAAGCAGUGGAUCUCUGUGACACAUGGGAGGCCAUGGAGAAGUGUAAGGACGCAGGAUUAACCAAGUCCAUUGGGGUGUCCAACUUCAACCGCAGGCAGCUGGAGAUGAUCCUGAACAAGCCAGGGCUCAAGUACAAGCCUGUGUGCAACCAGGUAGAAUGCCAUCCUUAUCUCAACCAGGGCAAACUGCUGGAUUACUGCAAGUCAAAAGACAUUGUGCUGGUUGCUUAUUGCACUCUGGGAAGUUCACGAGAUAAAGUAUGGGUGGACCAGAGCUCUCCAGUUCUCUUGGAUGAUCCAGUUCUUUGUGCCAUGGCGAAAAAGUACAAGCGAAGUCCAGCUGCGAUUGCCCUUCGCUACCAGAUUCAGCGUGGGGUUGUGGUCCUGGCCAAGAGUUUUAGUGAAGGGAGGAUCAAAGAAAACAUGCAGGUGUUUGAUUUCCAGUUGACUUCAGAGGACAUGAAAGUCCUAGAUGGACUGAACAGAAAUCUAAGAUAUAAUUCUGCAGAUUAUUUUGGUGGACACCCAAACCAUCCAUUUUCUGAUGACUAUUAACACGGAGGCCUUUGUCACAGUUCCUACCUGAAGUCCUGCUUAUGCAUUCUGAUAAGGGGAUGUCUUGAAUGCUGGUGUUUGGACACAUCACUUCUCACCAGACCACUGUUUGCCAGUUCAGUCAUCUGUACAUAAAUAAGUUCAUAGGCCUUCAAGGGAAAUUAUAGUUUUGUCACAUUCUGGAAAUCAAUAUAAAACUUGCCAUGCAUGGUGGCUCAUGCCUGUAGUCCCAGCACUUGGGAGGCAGAGGCAGGCGUAUCUCUGUGAGUUCAAGGCCAGCCUGGUCUACAUAGUGAGUUCCAGGACAGCUGGGAGCUACAGGGAGACCCUGUUUCAAAAAGGUAAAAAAAAAAUUGUUUACUCUAAAGAUUCUUACCUAUUACUAGCUUUUUGACUUCAGUGUUUUGUUCCCUCCUGAUUCUUUAGGACACAAAUCUGAUUUGUCUAAAAGUCUUGGGCAGGAGGUAGGAGAUGAAGACAGUCAUUUAACACAAGUUUUUUUAGGUAGGAAUGGGAAGAGUUUUCAUCAUUUAGGGAAUUAAUAGUGAGAAGACAUUUAUCAGUGUUCCUCAAACCCUUUAAGGAAGAAGAAAGCACACAGCAAUUAUUUCAUGCUUCUUAGUCUAGAAGGCGAGGCAUAUGUGGGAGGGUGGUCAACAGUAGCAGGACAUCCUGUACCAGUUCAAGGAUUAGAGCUCCUGGAAACUGGAGAGUAAGUUCUUGUGGGAAGGUUGGGAAGGAAGUGAGAAGGGAACCAGCUUAAACGAAUCGUGGUGACUCAGAUGUGGGAAAAUUGAGGAGGGGAGAGCCAAACACGUUUCUGCUUGAGAAAUACUAUUGUCUUUUAAAAUCAUUAUAUAUUACAGAUAGAGAACUCUCUCAUAUUUUACCCAAUAUGGAAAGUUAGACAAUAUAUGCGUUUUCAAUGCAUGCUUUAUUGGGGCUAUAGUGGGGCAACAACAGCCACCACUUCCAAUGAAUAUACAGUCCAUAUUCACCAUUUUUUAUACUUAAAAAUAAAUUUGUGAAAAUUGA